AUGAUAACUUUCAGCUUACCCUCUUUUUUUGUGCCUUUAGUAGGCCUAGUAUUUCCAGCAAUUGCAAUGGCUUCUUUAUCUCUUUAUGUUCAAAAAAACAAGAUUGUCUAA